CUCUCACAAUCCCAUUUGACUUAUAGCAGACACAGAGGCGAGACACUGAGUUACUUGGCCACAUUUGAAAAUACAAAACCGGGCGGAGACCACCACCCGGAAACACAAGCACAAUUUCUGGAGGGACUCUGGCUCUUAGACAAAAUGGCAGAAAAAAACGUCGUGCUAGACCAAACUGGGGACCUCUCCCAAGUGCGCCAAAAGAAGGUGCGCUAUUUAAGUGCGAGCGCUGAUCCUCCGCCCCAAUCCGCCCCCACUGAGGCCACGGGGCAGAAGAACAAAGAAAUCCUGAACGGCAUGUUUCCACCCAGGGACUGGGAGGAGGGGAACCAACUGUGGCUGCAGCAGGUGUCCAGUGCACCUUGUACAAGAACAGAUGUCCUGAACCUGGAGGACCUACUGAACAGGAAGCUGGAGCAAAGGCAGGCCAGAAGAAAGGGCAUCUGCCCUGUCCGCAGGGAGCUCUUCUCCCAGUGCUUUGAUGAGCUAAUCCGACAGGUGACCAUCAACUGUGCCGAGAGGGGCCUGCUGCUGUUGCGGGCUCGAGAUGAGAGCCAGAUGACCAUCGCCGCCUUCCAGACACUGUAUGAGAGCAGCGUGGCUUUCGGCAUGAGGAAAGCGCUGCAGGAUGAGCAGGGCGAGGCUGUCAUGAAGAAAAGUAUCUCUGAUCUGGAGACUGAGAUACACGGCCUGAAGAAGAAGCUGAACAAAGAGAAGGCCAAAUGCGAGGCAAUUGAGAAGAGAGAGAAUGAGAAGCGACAGUCGGAGGAGAGGAAGUACACGACGGAGUUACAGUUCCUCACGAAAACCAACCUGCAGCUUGAGACCCAGCUGCAAGGGGUCACCACACCGAAGAAAUAACUGAGAGAACGUGCGGGCGGAGAGUCAAAGCUCCACUGAACAGUCUAUCCCCUCUAACUCUAAGUAGUAAUGACUGCAUGAGCUGCUUCACUUUUAAAAUGAUAACCAGCAGGGAUGAAAUUCAUCACCUUCUUCCCACAAAUAGCACACAAACACUGUCCAACACUGUAGCCUCAGAAACAACAGACAAUGUCUCUUGUGAUUUGGUGCUAUGCAAUUAAAAAUUGAGUUGAAUUGAA